AAUAUCUUUCUUUGUCCUGAUGUCCAUCUUGGAAAAUCAACAGAGCAUUCCAGAUUUAUGUUCAGCAUUGAACCAACAGUGAUGUCUUAGUAAUUUCAAUGUUUGCUCGUGGACCGAAGAAGCAUUUGAAGCGUUUACAUGCUCCGAAAUCAUGGAUGUUGGACAAGUUAGGAGGUGUCUUUGUAAGUAUGUUUACAGUUGAAAUUUAUUAUACUUUUAGAAUCAAAUAUGUAAACUUUUUAGUAAUUUUAAUAUCAGAUGUUUUGUAUGACUUAUUAGGUAACCUUUGUAUGGUGACUGGUGGACACAACUUGGGACGAGUGGGUAUUGUCACUUCUAGAGAGCGACAUCCAGGUUCCUUUGAUAUUGUCCAUGUCAAAGAUGCCCAGGGACAUACUUUUGCCACUAGGUUGAACUACAUCUUUGCCAUAGGAAAAGGUAACAAACCUUACAUUUCUCUGCCUCGUGGAAAGGGUGUCAGACUUACUGUGGCUGAAGAGAGAGAUCGACGUCUUCAUGCAAAGAGAGAACACUAAGCUGUCAAGAUAGUUUUCAUGUAAAGUGGAGAACUUAAUAAAAUAUUCUGAAGAAAUA